GGCACACACACAGUACAACAUCGCGAAGAGCGACUUCGAUCGGGUUGGGUUGCAAACACAGGACCCCGAGUUUCGAACACAAGGUUGCGGGAGUUGACAGACGAUCGGUCGGCGUUUCUUGGUCGAAUUCUAGUACGCAAUUCGAUUUCGACGAAACACGAUUGUUUCUCUUUCGAAAAUGGCGCGAAGGAUGGGUGGCAUUCGCAACCAGCAGACCCGUGCUCGGCGACUGCCACCGGCGAUGCUAUCGGUUUUUGCGGUCCUCCAGGUUCUUCAAUGCGUCCGAUUGCCAGCGCCAACGAUAGUAGUGGUGGAAUCCCUUUCUGUUCCGUCCCGAUCUCGAUCGACGCCGCCGCUGACGGCCACGUCGCUGCGGAUAACCACACUGCCGUUGACGUCGACGUUGACGUCGACGUCGACGUCGGUUCCGGAGCGCACCAGGAUACAGUCGAAAGCCGGUCGGAAAUCGGCAUCGGCGUCGAUACCGCACACGCUCCUUCGUGCAUCCCCCGACGACGCGACCGGAUCAAAGUUCACGGCAGGGAACGUUACAACCGSACCCGCCAGCGACAAGGAUUCCAAGGGGAACAAAAACAAUGCUCUUGCUGACGACAGCAACGGCGACAGCGAAACCAAGGGCGGACUCCUGCCCUCGUACAAACAACUGAUUGUCUUUACCGCCACCACCAUUCUCAUCUGGCUCAGCGAACCCCUGCUCAGCCUGGUCGACACGACGAUCGUCGGGCUGACGGCCUCGGCCGAGAGCGCGGUGGUCCAGAUCGCCGCGCUGGGGCCGGCGACGACGCUCUUUGACAGCCUCGUCUACACGACCUACUUUUUGGCCAUCGCCACGACCAACCAGCUGGCCCCCGGGCUGGCGGAAGCGGCCGCCACGGAAACCGGGGCGGCUGCUUCUGCUUGCGGCUCGAAGAACCCGUGGCGGGACCUCCGCAAGUCGGCGUCGCACCUCCUGGGCCUGGCCAUCGUCUUUGGGUCGCUCGUGUCGGCCAUUACCUUUGUCUUUGGGAGGGGCAUCAUCGAGUACAUGGUGGGAGCGGGUUCCACCAACAUGGGCGCGGCGGAAGCCGGCGCCAUUGUUCCACUGGCCACCAACUACGCCAGGAUACGAGCCGCGGUGGCGCCCGUUUCGAUCCUGGGCUUUGUGGCGCAGAGUGUGAGUACAAAUUUUUGUGUGGAUCUGUUGGUGGCUCCGGUUGUGUCCGGGCGGGUGGGAGUGUGUCGCGGUGCCUGCACACGGCGUUUCGUUUCGAUGCAAUGCGAUGCGAUGCGAUGCGAUGUGAUUCGAUUCGAUUCGAUUCGAUCGCGUUUGGAUCGAUGCAGUGUUUGCUCUUUUGAUUGCACCCGUGUUGCUCAUCCCUAUUUUUGGCCCGGCGAAUCAAACGAAUCCACCACCAACAACAACGACGCAMUGACAGUUCUGCCUGGUGAAUCUGGACAUUGCCACCCCCGCAAUAGCGGUCGCUGCCGCCUCCGUCGUGAAUGUUGUCGGAGAUCUGGCCCUGUCGGCUCGAUACGGGAUACAAGGGGCAGCGGUAGCGACGGCCAUGGCAACGGUAACRUCCUGUGCCAUUUUGCUAAGAAAGGUCCGCAAGACCACGAAUCGAUGGAAGAUGAAACAGGAGGAUCUCGAACGACGGGUUGCUGCGAGCAGCAACCAUGGUGCGAACGAGGUAGCCACCAGAAAUGAUGCAGAUGCAGGUACAGAUACAGAUACAGAUACAGAUACAUUUACAAAGACACCACCAGCAACAAACGAAGUACCAACAGAAACAACAAACAUGUCGACAGGAUCCUCGGAAAGGAAAAGCACGGAACAAAUACUAGACAACAAAAACAAAAACAACAAUAUACCCUUUUGGUCCAUUCCCGACAGGACAUCCAUGGUCAAUCUGUUCAAGUUGGCGGGCCCCAUCUUUUUYGUCAUGAUGGCCAAGGUUGCCUGCUACAACAUCAUGACCAUCCGGGCAACCACCCUGGGCAUUGUCCCGUUGGCGAGCCACAACAUUAUGAUGCGUGUGUUUUUCUUCUUUGCGUGCUUUGGGGAUUCGCUGAGCCAGGCGGCUCAGAGCUUUUAUCCACAGGUGGAAGCCAAAGAGCGCGGGAAACUCAUCCGGCGGCUCUUUUGGAUUGCGUCCUUUGUGGGGCUCUCCAACAACCAAUCCUCGCAGCUGAUACUGAAAAAACUGGGCCGAUUCCUCGCAAAGGACGCAAGCAUCAUUGAUCUGAUGGCACAGCACGCCCCGUGGGUCGGCUGUGCYGUAUUGUUGCAUCCCUUCAUCAUGCUCCUAGAGGGUACCGUCUUGGCAAACCGAGAUCUCGUUUUCAUGGUUGGAACGUACUCGCUGACCUCGCUGCUCCACUUGAGCUUUGUAUUUUCUCCGAUUUCGUCGACCUUUACGGGUCUGUGGCGUGCCCUGUUUGGGUUCCAGCUGAUUCGACUGGUGCAGUUUGCGCUUCGGGUUUGGAUCAAAUCGAGGGCGUCGACCGGUAGUAGCACCAACUAUUCUUCCAUCGGCAACGCCGACCAGGAAGGGAUUCCAGCCCCACCCUUGUAAAAGAGGAAAAAGAAACAAUUUUGGGACAG